GAAAGUGACAUGAAAUAUGACAGCAUUUUUAUUUCAAGAAGUCACAGACUUCCCUUCUUUUCUUGGUCCUUCUCUUGGUCCUUCCUAGGCUAUUGGUAGCCAUGACACAACAAAAUGCUACUGAAGUAGCUGAAUUUUUUCUACUGGGAUUUGAUGGACAACACAAGUUUCGGUAUGUCCUCUUCAUUGUAUUUCUAGUGAUUUAUGUGACCUCCAUGGUGGGUAAUAUUGGAAUGAUCCUACUCAUCAAGACAGAUUCCAGACUUCAAACACCCAUGUACUUUUUCCUACAACAUUUGGCCUUUGUUGAUAUCUGUUAUACCUCUGCCAUUACUCCCAAGAUGUUGCAAAACUUCAUAGUAGAAAAUAGAUCAAUAUCAUUUGUGGGAUGUAUAACACAAUUAUUGGUUUAUGUUGUAUUUGCCACUACUGACUGUUAUAUCCUGGCUACCAUGGCAGUGGACCGGUAUGUAGCCAUCUAUCACCCACUCCGUUAUCCCAUUGUCAUGUCCCGAACAGUCUGCAUCCGAUUGGUAAUUGGCUCAUAUGUCAUGGGCUCAAUAAAUGCCUUCGUACAGACAGGAUGUACAUUUUCACUGUCUUUCUGCAAGUCCAAUGUCAUCAAUCACUUUUUCUGUGAUAUUCCCCCAAUUGUCUACCUGUCUUGCUCCAGUAUUGACAUCAACAUCAUGCUACUUUUUGUCUUUGUGGGAUUUAACUUGACAUUCACUGUGAUGGUCGUCAUCUUCUCCUACACAUAUAUCAUCAGGGCCAUCCUAAAGAUGUCUUCUACAGCUGGGAGGAAAAAAACCUUCUCCACGUGUGCCUCCCACCUGACAGCAGUCACCAUUUUCUAUGGGACCCUCUCUUUCAUGUACUUACAGCCUCACUCAAAUAAUUCUGAGGAAAAUAUGAAAGUGGCUUCCACCUUUUAUGGCAUUGUAAUCCCCAUGUUGAACCCCCUGAUCUACAGCUUAAGAAAUAAGGAGGUAAAAGAAGCUCUAAAAGUGAUGGGAAAGAAGUUCUAGACUGGACUCAAAUUAUUAACAUUCAGCAGAGCAAAGCAUCCAGCAUAGAUAAUUUACAAAAAUUUAAUGUUCUGGUAUUGAAACAUUACAUUCUUAAA